AUGAAGAAAGCUGCAGAGUUGGUAAUCAUUCCUGCCCCAGGAAUUGGGCACAUUGUGUCAGCGGUGGAGAUGGCAAAGCUCCUGGUUGCUCGAGAUGACCAACUUUUCAUCACAGUCCUCAUCAUGAAGCUAGACCUUGACUCCAAGCCCAAGGGAAUAGAUAUUACUUAUACAGGAUCUGACCGUAUCAACUUCAUCACCCUCCCAGAGGUCAACAUAAGCACAGAAGGCAUGAGUCCCAACAACUUCCUCAAGUUAUUUGUUGAAAGUCACAAACCUCACAUUAAAGAUACGGUCUCCAAGCUCAGCCAGUCCCAAUCUGAGGCUAGACUUGCUGGGUUUGUCAUUGACAUGUUCUGUACCAGUAUGAUAGACGUUGCCAAUGAAUUAGGGGUUCCUACAUAUGUGUUUUUCGCAUCCAACGCAGGGUUUCUUGCACUCUUGUUCCACCUCCAAAUCCUUCACGAUGAGCAUAACAAGGACUGCACCGAUUUAAAGGACUCGGAUGCUGAGUUGGUGUUGCCCAGUUUUACCAACCCACUGCCGGCUAGUGCCUUACCUAGCAUGUUUUUGGACAAGGACUCCACAACCACAUUCAUCAACCAUGCAAGAAGGUUCAGAGAAACCAAGGGUAUUUUGGUAAACACAUUCAUGGAGCUGGAAGCAAAUGCUCUUCACUCUCUUUCCGAUGGCAAAACUCCACCGGUGUACCCCAUAGGACCCAUGUUGAACAUUACGAGAAAUGAAAAGCAUGAGGAUUCAGACCUGGCAUCAGAUAGCACCUUGAAGUGGCUUGAUGAACAGCCUCCAUUGUCAGUAGUGUUCUUGUGCUUUGGGAGCAUGGGAAGUUUUGACGAAGACCAGGUGAAGGAGAUAGCCUAUGCGCUGGAGCACAGUGGACUUCGAUUCCUGUGGUCCCUGCGGCAGCCCCCAGCAAAGGGGAAGGUUGCUUACCCUAGUGACUAUGCAGAUUACAGGGGAGUCUUUCCUGAAGGGUUCCUUGAUCGGACUACUGGAAUUGGGAAGGUUAUAGGAUGGGCUCCACAAGUGGCUAUCUUGGCCCAUCCUGCAAUCGGAGGGUUCGUAUCUCAUUGUGGGUGGAAUUCUAUGCUUGAGAGUCUAUGGUGCGGUGUGCCUGUCGGCACAUUGCCAAUGUAUGCAGAGCAACACUUAAAUGCUUUUGAGAUGGUGAGGGAAUUGGGAUUGGCAGUGGAAGUGAGUAUGGCUUAUAAGAAGGGCAGUGUGAAUGCAGAAGAUAUAGAGCGAGGGAUUAGGCAAGUGAUGGAGCAUGAUAGUGAUAUAAGGAAGAGGGUGAAGGAGAUGAGCAAAUUGAGCAAGACAGCCUUGAUGGAUGGUGGUUCCUCUUACUCUUCGUUGGGGCGUUUUAUUGAGCAGAUUUUCCUUUGACUUGUUAGAACCCAAGAUCAUGUUCAUGUCUGUAAACCAAUUUCAUCAUGUAAGUGUUCCUCAUUAACGUCAAUAAGGAUUUAAGGUUGUAAGAGUCUGUGCUAGCUGUAGGAAGCACAUCAUGACUGAACAAAGUCUGCCUUAAGGCUUAGCUAGAAUGGCUGGAAUGGUCUCUCUAGUUCCUGUGUAAUCUGCAGUAGAAUAAAAACAGCACUGUGUACACUUGGCACAAGAAUGGAAGCAAUGGUUACCAGUUUAAUUGGUAACAACUUUAGAGCCUGAUUUUUGUUUCUAACUUCAUAUUUCGUGUCACAAGAAUGAAAGCUCUUUGUAAGCUAGGCAGAGGAUGUAUAUAGCACGUCUUUUUGUCUCUGCAGUUAUAUUUUCCAUGAAAGCUGGCUCGUCUUCCUUCGGUUCCUGAAUUUCAAGUCUGCUGACUAGUUCUUAAAAUUUGGAAUAUGUUUUCUAAGUUAACAGAAGUAGUCAACUCCAUGCAAUUUUUCAAAGGUUGUCAUUCCAU